CGCCCGAAUACGGAGUUGUGAUUGGCUGAAAACGAGCCCCUUGUUAUUCAACGUCAGACGCUACCAGAAGCUAUCCUACGGUCACGUAGAGAGAUAAAUAAGUUAGUAAAGGUGAAGUUGGCGUGGGAGCCAUGGCCCUGGGCGACUGUUGGAAGCAGUUAUCCUGGUUUUACUACCAGUAUCUUCUGGUGACGGCGCUCUACAUGCUGGAGCCCUGGGAGAGGACGGUGUUCAACUCCCUGCUGAUCUCGGUGGCCGGCAUGGCCGUCUACACCGGCUACGUCUUCAUGCCGCAGCACAUCAUGGCCAUCCUGCACUACUUCGAGGUCGUCCAAUGACACGACGGCGCCGUCCAUCCGCAGGUCCCGCCUCCCCGUCCGUCUGCCAAUCACGUCGAGGCAGCACUUCGCUCCUCGGUUUCCUAACUAAACGUUUUGGGCGCCGUGCUGGAGGCCACGUCGUCCUUCGUCUCCGAGAUAUUUGGGAGCGGGAACGCCGUCUCGGGCUCCGAAGAAGGGGCGCCGCUUGGUUUCCCCUCACGUGUUUUUUUGUUUUAUUCAUGCGCACCUUGCUGUAUUUUUGGGAAAUGUGUGUUUCUACGGAUGUGUGUCUGCGUGGAGCAGCGAUGGGACCCUUUUCAUUUUUAUUCCACCAGGACAUGAAGCCGACGUCUGAAAAUCAGAUAUCGAAAUAUUCUGGACCAAAUACCUGGAUAUCGAUGUUGUGUUGACAUCUGAUGCUUUGACGAAAUAUCUUCUUAUAAGUUGUAUAAAUAUUAAUAAAUAAAUAUUAAGGUUAAGAAUCCUCAGUAAUGUGGAUAUCGCAAGUGUUGUCUUCCUGUCAACAUUGAAAAUCAACACUUUUGUUGAUGCUUUUA